CCAAUUUAAUAAAAUUCUUCUUGAUCUGUCUUUUUGUUUUGCUCAUUUGUAACCACUAAACCUCAUCAUUUCAUCAGAUUCGGACAGUUAUGGCAGACAAGAAAGUUACAGUAAUGGUGAUUAAAGUUGAUCUCGACUGUGUAAAAUGCCGCAAGAAAAUCAAGAAAGUUCUGAGUAAAAUCCCUGAAAUCCAAAAUCAGAUAUAUGAUGAGAAGGCGAACACGGUGACAAUCAGCAUCGUUUCCUGCUGCCCGGAAAAGAUCAAGAAAAAGAUAUGUUGUAAAGGUGGUGAAUCUGUUAAAAGUAUUGAAAUUAAGGUAGCAGAGAAGCCUAAACCGCAGGAUCAGAAGCCGAAAGAUCCAACACCUGACAAGCCUAAAGAUGCGAAACCUGAGAAGCCGAAAGAUGAAAAACCUGACAAGUCUAAAGACUCAAAACCUGAUGAGAAGCCUAAAGACAUAAAACCUGACAAGGCAAAACCGCCUGCCAAUCCUGAACCAGUUCCAGUCCCGGCCUACCCGCCUCCAGUAGGGACGAGUUACGGAAACUGUUAUGAAGGAUAUGGUGGCCCAUGUUAUGGAACGCCAGCACCAUAUUACGAGCCUUAUGGAAGGCCGGUGUAUGAUAGCUGGGGCGGCGGCAGCUAUAUCUAUGUCGGGUGCUGCAAAGGAUGCUAUGUGGGGAGAUGUAAUUGUCCUUGUGAAGACAAUUCUUCAUCAUGCAGAGUCAUGUAAAACUGAUUAUAUUUCUGAUUAGAUGUAUUAGCAGUACCAAACUUUUAUUGUAUAUCUCAGUUUAAACUUUUAUUAUGUACUUCAAUUUUCAGCAUAAAAUAAUAAUAUUGAUUACAUA